AUGACAAUGCUUAUGUGGAAUGUAAGGGGGGCAAACCAAAGGCAUAAGCAGAAAGAGUUAGCUAAAUACAUCAAAGACAAACACAUAACACUAGCUGGAUUUGUAGAGACUAGAGUUAAACAGCAUAAAGCUUCUGUAAUUGCCCCUAAAAUAGCUCAUAACUGGGAACUGGUGCACAACUAUGACGAAGCAGCUAAUGUUAGAAUAUGGAUUAUGUUUGAUACAAACACUUGGCAGGUGGAUAUAGUGGUUAAGGAUGCACAGUUUAUUCAUUGUAAUGUUACUAGCACUAAUGUGAAUUGUGCUAUGACUGUGACAUAUGGAUAUAACAGUGCAGACUUGAGGAAAGGAUUGUGGCACAAGCUAAAGAUACUGGCUCAAUCUAUUAAUCAACCAUGGCUCAUAUGGGGAGACUUUAAUGCAAUUAAGACUACUCAAGACAGAAUAUCAAGACAGGAAGUAACAUUGGCUGAUAUCCAAGACUUUGCAGAUUUCUGCUUAGAUACCAUGACUACUGAUAUUCCUUGGAGGGGAGACUAUUUCACCUGGUCUAAUGGUCAAAUGGGAGUGGAGAGAGUAAUUAGCAGAAUUGAUAGAGCACUAGGAAAUAGUGAAUGGAUGAUGAAGUUUGGGCACCUAACAGUUGAAGUGGGAGAUCCAUUCAUAUCAGAUCAUUCUCCUUUGUCCCUGAAGUUUGAACAAAGGAAGUCUGUAAAAAUCCCAUUUAGGUUCUUAAAUGUUUGGGCUGAGCAUGAGGCAUUCCAAAGCAUAGUUACUAAAGGAUGGCAAGGAAGACAACAUCAGUGCAAACUAGUAACCAUAUGGAAUAGAAUGAAAGAAAUGAAAGCAGAUUUCAAGAGUUUAAACAACAGGAAUUUCAGAGAUGCAGCAGGGAAAAUUGACCAAGCAAGAAGGGAGAUAAUUGAAUGUCAACAAGAGAUGAAGAAUGGCUACACUGAUCAAUUAAGAAUGAUGGAGAAAGCAGCUAGAGAAAAACUAGAGAAAUGGUCACUCAUUGAAGAAAAGAUUUUCCAACAAAAAUCAAGAGCUCAAUGGAUCAGAACAGGAGAUGGAAACAAUAAAUACUUCUUUGCAGUGAUGAAAGAAAGAGCAUGCAGGAAAAACAUUACAACCCUAACAGCUUUGAAUGGUAAUAUGCUGACAGAGNUUGGGGUUAUAUCCAGUAGAUUUGGGUCAUUUUCAAGCUCAUUUUGUUUCAUUCGAUUUGCUGGUGGAUCAUUUCCUGAUUUUAUUUUGAUUUUGAAUUAUUUCUGGACUCCUGACUCAUUUCUGGGUUAA